AAAAUAUUUCCACCAUCCUUUUUUGAUAUAAUGGAACACUUUGCUGUACAUUUAGCUGAAGAAGCAUUAAUUGCUGGACCGGUUCAAUUUCGAUGGAUGUAUCCAAUCGAGAGAUUCCUUCUUACGCUGAAACAAUAUGGGUGGAAUAAAGCUCAUCCCGAGGCUUCAAUAGUUAAAGGUUACUUGAUGUAUGAUUGUAUGAAUUUUUGUGCACAGUAUUUGAAUGAUGUGGAAACAAAAUUGAAUCGUCCAGCGAGGAACUAUGAUGGCGGUGACAGUAUGGGUCGGGGUGUGGGGGAAAACAUGAUAUUUCACCUUGAUGAUAGAGAAUGGAUACAAGCUUGUCGAUAUAUUUUGCUCAACACCAGUUCAGUUGCACCUUUCAUUGCAUAUCACAUUGAAUUUCUCAAAAGUAAGAUGCCUCGAGCUGAUGAUCAUCAAAUUCAACGGGAGCAUUUUGAAACAUUUCAUGCUUGGUUCAAGGACCAUGUCCAACUUUUGCUGAGAACAAGCAACGUCACAUUUUCUGAAGAAAUCCAUAAGUUGGCUAUUGGUCCUCAUACCAUCGCAAGGAGAUUUAGUGGCUAUGUUAUUAAUGGGUUUCAUUUUCGUGUGAAAUCUAUUGAUGACAAUCGUUUGACUCAAAAUAGUGGUGUAGCUUUGAAAGCAAAUACAUUGAGUUAUGCGAGUAGGAAAGACAAAAAUCCUCGGGUAGGACCAGUAUACUACUAUGGAUGGCUCACUGACAUUGUGGAAAUUCGAUACACUAAUGAUACAAAAUACGUGAUGUUCAAGUGUGACUGGUUUGAUAAUAUUCAUGGGAAGAAAGAAGACGCCUUCAAAUUUACAUUGGUCAAUUUCAACCAUUUGUUGUACCGAGAGGAUCAAGCUACCAAUGAACCUUACAUCUUGGCUUCCCAAGCAGAACAAGUUUGGUAUGUUCCAAAUUCGAUCAAACCUGAUUGGCAAGUCGUUAUAAAGAUGUCUCAAAGAGGGCUGUAUGAUAUGCAUUCCGAUGAUCCCCAAGUAGAUCCCUAUUUGAGCCAGCAAUUGGAAGAGAACAUAGGGCGCUAAGAUGAAGAUAUUGGUUGGGUGAGGGAAGGAGAAGAAGGUGACAUCACUGAUGAAGAUGUUUAGGCUUAGAGGGUAAUGAUUUUGGACGUAGGGAUGUAUGUUUAUUCAUCUCCUUAUCAUUUCUCUUUUUUUGAACAAGCUACCUUUCUUGUAGACCUUUAAGCUUAUGGUAUCUUUUUUUGUCUACUAUUUGCUUUGAUAUGAGCAUGCCUCAAACUUGAAUUCAAAUGACUUGACUUUUGGAGUAUUGAUUUUGAA